UUUCGAACAUAGAUGUAACGCCAGUAAACGCACACGCAGUGCAUUAUGGGAACGAAAAUGGAAGGUGAGAGACAACAUAACGCAAACUUGACUCGUUUUGAGGAACUUUGAGCUUUAAUAGUUGCGCUGAGGAAAACAACACAAUGCAGAGGGUGAUUUUGUUUAGCAGUGCUUUCAGAGCGAUCCUGACAGGAUCCGGCGGACUUCACGCGCGCUAUUCUCGCUGCUCGAGACGUGAGAAUGUGUGCAGGACUCAGCUUAGAAAACACUCUCGAGAUCAACCUAGCGAUAAUACAGUACACUUUCGCUGUUUCAGCUUACCGCACAGGACUCUCAUCAGUGUGUCCGGACAAGACACGACCUCAUUUCUUCAAGGAAUAAUAACCAAUGACAUGGCUCUUCUGGAAGAGGAUGCAGUGUGUGUGAUGUAUGCUCACAUUCUCAGUGUUCAAGGCAGGACACUGUACGACAUCAUCCUUUACAGUUUAAAAGGGAACCCAGAUGGAUUUAAUGGUGUACUUCUGGAGUGUGACAGCACUGUACAGGACUCCAUUAUGCAGCUUCUGAAAGUUUACAAGAUACGUCGCAAAGUAAACUUCAGCUUGUGUCCCAGUCUCUCACUAUGGGCUCUGUUACCUCAAAAUAAAGCUGCAGUACUGGGGCAGUCAAAGCCGGAUGUUACUGCAGCAGAUAAAGUGUUAGUACUGGAGCAAGACCCAAGAACUGAACUCGUGGGCUGGAGAAUGAUCACUAGCUGUCAGAAUAACCCACAUGAGAUCAUCUCUGCUUGUCGAGAGGGCAACACUGAAGAAUACCACAGACAUCGCUAUGAAAUCGGUAUUAAACCACUUGUAUUAUUACUUAGAAUAAUCUUGACAAGCUGA